AUGCCAACACAGUGGGUCACACUGCUAAGUGACGAUGGGUACCGAUUCAUAGUAGACAUGGAAUGGGCCAUGCUUAGUGGGACGAUCAAGUCCAUGUUGUCCAUGGAAGAAGGCAGCUUCUCCGAGGCUGAAAGCGGCGUAUGCAAGCUCCAAAUCCGCAGUGGCCAAGUCCUUGAAAAAGUCGUCGAGUAUCUUCAGUGGCAUGCACGCAACAAAAACCGCACGGAAUUCAAUAUAAAGGAGUUCGAGCGUAAGAUCCCCCCUGAGCUCGCAUUGGAAUUGUACGUUGAUGCCAUGACACUCACCGCAGGCUUAUGGCGGCCGACUUUUUGGAAGGUAUGA